CACUGCAACCACAACCACAACCAUCACUACAACCACCACCACCACGCCAAACCCAACAACAACAACAACAACAACAGCAAAACCACCACCACCAUCACCACCACCAGCAACAAGUCAACAAUCCGGCAAACGAGACUUCUAUACGCCUCCAUCGCUUCACAAGACACCAAUGCCAACAGGAACCUCUCAGCGUCCUUCCUUCACAUUGUAGACACCGUGCUUAAUACAGGAAGGACUGGCCACUCCCUCCCCGCCACCAGUACCUCCACCAACACCUCUCAGUCACGCCUCAGAGCUUGGUUAGCAUCUAUUCUGCAUUCCAUAGACACAAACACUUCUGAAGAAAAUGCAGCGAUUGGUGUUUACAGGUUUGGUACUCAUGACAGAUCUCUCGGGAAAGGUGGCAACGCUGCGAGGGAAGCUAGACGGAUUAGAGAUGCGAGAGAAAUGGACGGGCAGAUAGAUAGGGAGGAAAAGAAACGUGUAUUAGUUAAACAAGCCAAGGAAACAGAGAGACAGCAAGAUGGAGACGGAAAGAAAGCAGUAUUUUACGACGGAACGAAAGAAAUGGAUAGACAAAUAGACGGAGAGAUCAAGAAACCCAUAUUACUGGAAAAAACAAAGCAAAUAGACAAAUUACCAGACGGAGACUUAAACAAACAAUUAUUGCACAGAAAACCAUUAUUACGAGAGGAAUACACACCAAACAAGGAAUCUGCGCCGAGGAGGAGGAGACGAGGAGCUACAGAGAAGGGAGAGAAUGAGGAAACGAAGGCGGAACAGGAUACAGAACCAGAGGAACUCCCUACGCCUGCAGAGUUAGCUUGGAUUGAUCCUACAGAGCUGGUGAGUCAGGGGGCGUAUGUAGAAGAUGUCCCCUCCAUUGCAAACUUGGUGGGGCUGAGGCUUUUCAAAUAUGAGUUCCCGCCACCUGCUCUCCCGCGCUCCACCGCCCCGGGUUCCAAUCAGCCAAUGAACGCUCGGUCUCCUAUGGCGGAAAGUUCAAAUCAGCCAGUCAUGACACGGCCUCCUCUGACACCGAAACUGAACCAGCCAAUGAACGUGCGGUCUCCUGUGGCGGGAAAUUCAAAUCAGCCAAUGAAUGCACGCUCUUCUCUACACCCAGGGAGUCAAUUAAUAAACAUGCGUUCUCCAUACCCAGUGAAUCCAAACACUCGCCCGCUUCACACCAACACCCAGAUGCACCCACGCCUCUCCACCUCACCCAACACCAUUUCUUCCUUCGGCGACUCCUUCCAUGACUCCUUCGAUAGAUACUACAAGAAGUUCAGAGAUCCUAGCCACGCCUAUGAGACUAGCAGGGCCACAGGGGUCAAUAACAUAGACAGCUACCCUCGCAGACCGCCAUACCCGUCUCGCCCCGUCUACCCGUCCACCACAGACACUUUACUGAACCUCCUCAAUCCAUUAAACCUCUUCUCCCACAAUAACUUCCCGCAGAUACCAAGAUAUCCAAAUCCCUUACCGCCCCCACACGCCCCACAGAACCCCCCACGCCUGCCUCAGAGCCCCAGAAACGCCCCGGAGAAGGAUUCGAGCGGGGGACUGACGUAUGAGGUAAUUGUGAACCAGGAGGCGGAGAAACACAAAGGGUAUCAGUUUAAAGAGGACUAUCCGUUAAGAGAUGAUCUGUACGUUGGGCAGGAUGGUAAUAUCUAUCUGAAGGGCGGGAAUGGUGUCACGCACACGCCCUCGGUAACUGCAGAGCCACCCACUUACCACCUAGACCACCAAGACCACGGGAAGGACCAUGAAGACCGCUUCCUAAAUGAGUACUCCAAGCUUCUCAACAACCACAAUCUAGACAACUACAACUAUUUAGACGAGGAUUAUGAGUACGACUACUACUCCUCAGAAGACGACCACGAUUCCCACGACACCUACGCCACUGAGGACACGUACAGAACCCCACGCCCCACCCAGAGACCGCAUUACGAGACUGGAUAUGAAGGAUACACGGAUUACCCACGCCAACAGAGAGCUCCGUAUCCUUACCCACCUAGUCCUCCUAAUCGGGCCCCUUGGUCUAUGGAUUCAGGGAUACUAGGGUGGCUGUUAGGGCCUCUGAGCCGCCCUGCACGCCCUAACUACUACUACAGCCCGAGGGAGGUGCAGAUACCGAGGUUCAGAUACGAUACUUUAAGAUACAAGCGUCUUCACUCCCCGAACUCACACUUAAGUCAACCGUCACCCUCUGUACGUAAUCAGUUUGUGACUAAUCCUUAUUCGCAACGCAGACGCCCAUCCACGCCCAUCACACGGCGCCCGCACACCACCCACACCCCAACCAAGCGCCCCACUUCCCAGUACGUCCCCACCAGCCGCCCAGUGGGAAGCAAUAAGGGUUUCUAUCCAGGUAAUGGGUUUUUUGAUACCGAUUUUCCGACUUUGUUUCAUAUGGAGGAGGAAAGUGAAGAAUUACCCACUCCUCUUCCUGCUGCUGUCUCCACGUCCACCACCACGCCCACGACCACGCCCACGCCCACGUCUGAAGCUUAGUUCACUCCCUUUAUCUUCACUUAUAGUUGUGGUGUUGGUUCUGUCAGCCCUUACUCUGAAACGCUCUGGCUCUCUCACCACGAACAUUUUCAAGGCCACAGAGAUGAUUGGCGGGGUUUUCAAGAGUGUUUCUACAGUUAAUAAUGUAGAAAUCUUGUCAAUCUGCCGUUAGAACUAUAAAAAACACCUAAAAUAAACUCGUGUAAAUUUAGAUAAGGGAUUUUGAAAUAGUGGAGAUGAAGCACAGAAGGGUUUGAAUAUAUGAGCUUUGUAUUUCGCGCCCUUUGUCUUCGUCUCGUGGUGUUGGUUCUGAGGCGUGGCUAGGUUCAAGUUAAGAAAGAUAAG